AUGGAGCAACUUCAAGAGAACCAAGUUGUCCUUCAGGAAGAAGUAUCCCAAAUGCGGUCCCAAAUGCGGCAAUUGAUGGAGACUAUUCAAGCAGUCGCAAGAGGCCAGGAGGUUAUGGCAAAAAUGCAAGAAGAAAUGAAUCAACGUGCCAGUACUACCAAUCCUCCUACCCCUCAAACGGUCGAGAAUCCAACUCCAGUUCCUCAAGUUGAUCCUCCAAUUAACAUUAAUGCACCCGGCGGUGUUCCAAACGACAAUCCUCGUCCUCAUGCUCUUGAGACAGACGACCAACUUGAUGCAUUCUUCAGCCCAAGGGACGCUUCUCAGGAUGACGCCUUCAGUUCCGCAACUAACAAGGUGGAGAGGAAGGUAAAAGCUAUCGAGGAAAAGCUCAAGGCAAUGGGGAGCACUGACAUUUUUGGCCUCGAUGCGGCAGAAAUGUGCUUAGUACCUAGGGUCAUCAUUCCGGCCAAGUUCAAAGUUUCGGACUUUGAAAAAUAUAAGGGAAAUAGCGACCCUAGGACACACAUUAGGGCAUACUGCCGAAAGAUGGCUGCCUAUUCCAGCGAUGAUAAACUUCUAAUGCAUUUUUUCCAGGAUUCCCUCAGUGGGGCAUCUUUGGACUGGUGGAGGGAAUUAGCUGCUAGGGUACAACCCCCAUUGCUAGAAAGAGAACUGGUAGACAUGUUUAUGGGAAACUUGCAAGGUCCAUACCUUGAUAGAAUGGUAGGGAGCACCUCUUCAGGCUUUUCUGACCUGGUCUUAGCCGAUGAAAGGAUAGAAAAUAUGAUUAAAAUGGGAAAGAUCCAGAACUCUGCCAGUACUUCUAGUGCAUCAAAGAAACCUUUUGUUCCCUAUGGUAAAAAACGAGAAGGCGAGACCAAUGCUGCCUCCAUCAUUCGAACAAGAAAUCCCACUUAUCCACAAGUAGCUGCCAUAGCUCCCGUCCAACCAAGUCAACAACAACCAUUUGCAAUUCCUGUUCAAACUCAACAACAAUAA